AUUCAAAUUUGAACCGAAGCAGUUGUGUGUUGCAGAGAAGAGACCCUGAGAGGAGAGCAGCCAGGAGCUUUUCAGCUCAUUUACGUUCUGUUUUUGUUCACGUUUAAUAAACAGUACGUGUUUAAAACAGCCCAAGAAAGCCAAUCGUCCAAAAUGGACCCUUUUACUGAGAAACUGCUGGAGCGGACUCGCGCCCGCAGAGAGAACCUGCAGAAGAAGCUGGCAGAGAGACCCAAUGCUGCCAGCAGGCUGAUGGUGAAGCGGUCCAGAGAACCUCUGACCGACACAAACAGUGUGAUCAGCGGCGAUGCUGCGAACGUUCCACAGGUGUCCUCCAAGCCUUCUCCUUCGAAACGCAGGUGCUCAGAGGAAAAUGCUCAGCCCUCAGCAGAUGAGAACCAAGAACCAGCUGUGGCUCCUUUGCCCUUAGAUCCUCCCACAGAUAAGAAACCCCCAGUGGGUCCCACCAGCACUCGACUGUCCUCCUGCUCUGAGAGGACUUGUACUCCGCCUGUAGUCCACUGUCAGCAGACAGCUGCACAGUCAGAGCCAGAGAAGAUGAUCAUCCAUCCUGACCCUGAUCCUCCAAACAUCAGAGAAACUCCAGCUGGUUCUGGCCAGCAGAAGGAGGAAGUGGAUGCGCUGGUUUCUGGUGCUGCUGGCAUGAAAUCCCGCUUUCAGAGGCUGGCGGAGCAGAGGAAAUGUUGGGAUGGUGAAGGUGCUGCUAAUGUUGUCCCAGACUGCACGUCCAUGCUGAGGAGACAAGCAGAUGUCCAGCCGCCACCUCCUGCCCUCUCCUCUUCCUCUGAGGCUCCUGUUGGGCGGAGAGGCAGACUGGCCAACCUGGCUGCCACCAUCGGAUCCUGGGAAGACGAUCUGAGCCACGCCAGUGUCCGCAGAGAGAAUCUCAGCACACGCCCCAGUCCCAGGCUGGCUGCCAAAGUGUCCUCUGUGGCUUCCAGCACAGAAGUGACCAGUUCAGCAGCAAGCAGCAAGUCCAGCACCAAUCAGGAGGUUCUGCAUCCUCCCAUAAAACCGGGUCGGGUGGGGUUGCCCAGCUCUCAGAAGGCUCCGAUCCCUGCAUCCAGACCUGGACUUGAACCUGGGUCUGGGCCCGGUCCUCAGAAGACCUCCGUCCCCCCAAGCCCCCUGAAGAACCAGGCCCUCCCCAGGAACCCAAACCCCACCCCUACUACCCCAAAACCAGGACUCAGUGGCAAGCCAACCAUCUCCAGCUCCGUGGUCCACCAGGAGAAGGCUGGAGGUUCUGAUGUGAAGUCCUUCCUGGAGCGCUUUGGAGAACGGUGUCAGGAGCGGAACACCCCAUCCAAGAACCCCCCGGGGACUCCUUCAGUCACACCCAACACCAAGCUGGUCCAGGAGAGGCUCCGAGCCGCUCAGGCUGCUAGCACCACCACCGCAGAGCUAGCUCAGAGGCACCGAUGGGAGCGGGAGUCUGAGCUGGCCCAGAUUCGCAGCCGCUGCCAGAAGGGAACCAAUGUUUGGAAAACCCCGGCUGAGGAGACGAGAACCCGGACCAACACGGAGAACGAGGAAAAAGUGGUGAAGCCUGUGGAGAGGGACGCUGUUGCACCAGAACCACAGCCAGCAGCACCGGACCAACCAGAACCACCAUGUGAAAAGUCUCCACCAGCUUCAGCAGCAUCAGGAGGUCCUACCAGGAUCUUUACUCCUCCCGCCUCCACGUCUAGCCCUCUGAAGGCCGGCGGCCAUGUUGUGGAGAAGCUGACCGAUGAAACCCCUGAGGAGGAGAAGGAGCAGAACGUGGACCAAUCCAUCAACUCUGCUGUUAUCAGCGAGCUGUUUGAUGGAGUCCUGGAGCAGAGUGAUGAAGAUGAGGAGGAAGAUGCUUUGAAUAUCUCCUCCAUGUCGAUCCUCACUCCCCUGGCGGAGACGGUAGCUGCUGUGGUGAAGAGUCCAGAGCGGGGGAUGAUGACCUCGACUCCAGCCAGCUCCUUUAUGGUGAAGAACGCUCCAGAAAACAUCUCCAAACCAGGAAAGUUCCAGAGAGCUGCCGUCCGUACCUCCUCCUCCUCCAACAGCGACGGCACGGAUGAGGACAGUAGGCUGCCUUACAGCAUCGACGCCUACAGGUCCGUCCGGGUGAAGGAGGCCGACCGACCCAGUGUGAAGCAGGUCAUUGUGAGGAAAGAAGACGUUUCUCAGAGAGCAGAGGAGCCAAGAGGAGCUUCUGCCUUCAGCAUCAAACAGAGGAUGAAGAUUCUGGCCAAUGAGAUUAACCUGCAGCAGACCGUCAUCCAUCAGGCCAGCCAGGCCCUCAACUGCUGCACGGAUGAAGAGCACGGGAAAGGCUCGCAGGUGGAGGCGGAGGCCGAGAGGCUGCUGCUGGUGGCCACGGAGAAGAGAGAAGCCUUGAGUGCUGAGCUGGACCGUCUGAGAGCAAACCCAGCAGCUCAGAGAAGACCUCCUCCAGCAGCUACAGAACCUGCUGCUGUGUCUGCAUCCAAAGGCUCCAUCAGCCUGCAGGACCUCCGCCUGCCGUUGAAGGCAGACUUUGUCUGUUCCACGGCCAACAAACCAGAGUCCACCAAACACUCGUUCUUCAUCCUGAUCCGAGCUGGACCCGAGAACCUGGUGGCCACUCCGUUGGCUAGCACGCACCGCGGCCUGAAUGGAGACACGCUCGCGUUCCCCACCAGCUUCAGCCUCUCUGAUGUCUCCAGUGACUUUAAGAUCCAGUUAGAAGUUUACGCUUUGGUUCAGAAACGCGAGAGCUGCAGCGACAAGAAGAAGAAACCCAGCAAGUCCAAGGCCAUCACCCCAAAGAGAUUCCUCGCCAUCACAAAAAGCGCUCAGACUCCCGUAGUGGCCAGUCCUGGAGGUCCACACGCUGUUCGGACCAGUAACUUUGUUCUGGUCGGAUCUCACGCGCUCACUCUGUCGUCUAUUGGGAAGGGCAAGUUUCCUCUGGAUAAGGUGCCCUUCCUCUGCCCCCUGGAGGGCCACAUCCACCUGAAGAUGCAGUGUGAAGUGGGAUCGAAGGUGGAGGAGAGGGGCUUCUUGACGAUGUUUGAAGACGUGAGUGGGUUUGGAGCGUGGCACAGAAGAUGGUGUGUGCUGUCGGGCUACUGCGUCUCCUAUUGGACGUACCCAGAUGAUGAAAAGAGGAAGAACCCCAUUGGUCGGCUCAGCCUAACCAACUGCACCAGUAAGAAGGUGGAACCAGCCAACAGGGAGUUCUGUGCCAGACCGAACACUUUCGAACUCAUCACGGUCCGACCCCAGCAGAAGGACGACAGAGAGACUCUAGUCAGUCAGUGUCUGAACACCAUGUGUGUCACCAAGAACUGGCUGAGCGCUGACACCAAGGAGGAGAGGAAUCUGUGGAUGAGGAAGCUGAACCAGAUCCUGGUGGACCUGCGGAUGUGGCAGCCCGACGCGUGCUACCAGCCGCUCUGAUCACGCCCAGACCUUUGGGUCGGGUCGUUAGUGACCCGCAGCUACCGAGUGCAAUAGUCAGACACGUCCCUCUGCUGGAUGUUUGUUAGAUCAGAGGAGAACUAAGCCAUGAAUCUGAGACAUUUCACGGCAGCAUUUUGUUUGCUUCAUAUAUUUUCAACAUUUUGAGUUUUGUUAUACAAAAACGUCACAGCGGUGAGGUUUAUCACUUUAAUGACGGGUGGAGCGUCGCUCUUCCUAAUCCAGUGUAAGUGUUGAGAUUCAGGUUGUCUACUAAAAAUUUAUCACAUUUUACCCUGCAUGCUGCUGUCGUAAUGCUUUCUGUACUUUUCUACCUUGAGGCACAAGUCUUUCACAUUCAGACAUCUGAGGCCGAUUAUACUCCAGACUUUAUUUUAUUAUUGUCCUGCGUUUUUGUUUGAAUGUGAGUGGGGAGGGGAGUCUGUUAAAUGCUCUCAAAUCCGACCAACGCUAAACAAAAUCCUCUGAUUCUAUUUAUUUCCUUCAACAUUAGUUGGAACACAGCUAGAUCCGCUUGUUUGGUGAAGCCGCGGACAGGUGAAUGAGCGAGACCUUCAAAAUAAAAGCCUUAGGUUUGUUGUCCUGGUUGAGGUUGGAGUAUGGAACAGACUGAUUUGGAUUAUGAUUUGCUAAAAUAAAAUGGUGCUUUUUCCACCAUUUUGAGAAUGAUAACAAGUUUAAAGAACAGUGUUUCUGCUGUUUUUAUUAUAUGCUGUUUUUGUUGGGUCAGCAGCUAUCCUAGUGGAUCAUCUGGUACAGAUGUCCAAACCCUGGACUCAUGCACUAAUGUCCUGUAUAUUUUAGAUCAGGAAUAGUGAGCUUAAAUAAACAUUUCCUUUAUUUUGAA